AUGAUGGAGAACUGCUGAAAGUCGGCGUGAGCGACGAGCGCCUUCAGUUUUAGGGGGCGUUGGGGUGUGAGAGCAAAGUCGGACCUUGGUAGGUAGUGUGUUAAGAAAGGUAGGUGAGGAGGUAACCAUUAGCUACCUGGUAUCGUUGCCGGUCACCUGCGGCCGGUGGUCUGCUGUGCAGUUGAGUGCCAUCCCCUCCCCCGGCGAGCGCGAGCGCGAGCACGAGCACGAGCACGAGCGGGCGGCGAGGCACAGUGACCUUGCUGCGAACGUGCUCGAGGAAUCCUCAAGGUGGGAGCUGGGAAGCAUCGCCCUGAAAAGGUCCAAGCGUAUCGGCGUUCCCUUUGUCUGCUCUGCGCUUCUGGAGUUACACCACCGAUUGUUGGGGGUAAAUAUUCUUCUGUGAAAUCAUGGAUGCAGUUGUACACCUCAUUAAUGAUUCCCUGGAAUUCUAUCGAUGGAGCCUCACCAUUGCAGGGUCAGACAGUUCCGGAGGCCCUGCCACCAUGGCUUACCCCUGGUCGGUCAUCCCCGCCAACAAUAUCCAGACAAGCGGGUGGAAAAUUGGACUUUGAUGCAGUCUCCCUUACCUACAUUGGCUGUGAGCAGUCUUUACCUCCUCUUUGUUUGGCUUGGCCCAAAAUGGAUGAAGAACAGGGAGCCUUUUCAGUUACGAUCUAUGCUAAUUUUCUAUAACUUCGGAAUGGUUAUACUAAAUCUCUACAUCUUUAAGGAGCUCUUCUUUGCUGCACGAGCAGCAGGAUACAGUUAUAUCUGUCAAACCGUUGAUUAUACAGAUGACGUCAAUGAAGUGCGGAUAGCUUCGGCCUUGUGGUGGUAUUAUGUCUCAAAAGGAAUUGAAUACAUGGAUACAGUAUUUUUUAUACUAAGGAAGAAAUUUAACCAGGUCAGCUUCCUACAUGUAUAUCAUCACUUCACAAUGUUUACCCUGUGGUGGAUUGGAAUCAAAUGGGUAGCAGGAGGACAAUCUUUUUUUGGAGCUCAUAUGAAUGCUGUAAUCCAUAUUGUUAUGUAUUUGUACUAUGGACUAGCAGCUUGUGGCCCACAGUUUCAGAAAUAUCUCUGGUGGAAACGAUACUUGACCAUCUUACAAUUGGUGCAGUUUCAUGUAACCAUAGGCCAUACUGCAUACUCCCUGUACAUUGAUUGCCCUUUUCCAAGAUGGAUGCAUUGGGCACUGAUCGCUUAUGCCAUUUCCUUCAUCAUCCUCUUCGCCAACUUUUAUUACCAGACCUACAGGGAACCAAAGAGAGAGCACAGCAAAACUGGAAAAGUGGUUGCAAAUGGCAAUGCCAAUGGUAUAAUCAAAUCAGAAAACAGGCUAGUUGCAGAAAAUGGGAAAAAGAAGAAAAAAGGAAAAGCUAAACGUGACUAAGACAAAGGCAAAGGUUUAAGUAAAAUAUUGUUUUAGAAUCAAAUAGUCCAUGUCAGCAAAAGAUGGCUGCAUGAAUUUCCAGCUGGCUAAAUGAAUCUAUUGUACCCUUUACCAUCUUUGUAACUUAUUGUAUUUAUUUAAAUGAAAUUUCUGAUCAAUACUUUGGUAUUGAAAUGAAUAUAGACAAGGAAAUUGACCAAAUGAAUUGCACUGAAAGAGGAAUAUUGCAUUUUCCCUUUUCAAUAUAAGUUCUGAUAUCUUUUUUUAAUGUUAAGUUUACUGUUGUACUGUUCCUUGCUAAAUAGCUUUUUUCCUUUACUUCUACCUCAGUUGUAAUGCUGCUUUUUAAUGGCUUAAUUUUCUAUAGAGGUAUUUAGAUGUAUCCUUUGUUUACACCUCUGUCUGCAAAUCCAUAGAAAUGUCAAGGAAAUGACUAGUAUUCAUUAAAUCCAAUGCUGAAGAUCUUAAUGUAGAAUAAGGUUGGCAGUGUCUGAAUGUUUGUAAAAAUACAGUAUUUAUUAUAGUAACAAACUUUUAACUCCAAAUAUCAAUGUAGAUCUUACAUUUAUUUUCAGUAAGAUCCCAAAAUUGUUCUGUUAAUUUCAAACAGAACAGUAUAUUCGGGAGUAAUAGAAAUAUUCAUGCAGCCCUAUGAUUCACCUGUACUUGUUAAUUUCCUUCCUUUGUUAAUGGCAGACACUGAUGAGCAACAUUUUUGAAAGGAGCAACACUACACAGCAUGUAAAUUUGAUGUGAUUGUAGAUGUUAAAUAUUGGUGACCUGUUGCACUUUUAAGAGGGGGAAACACUUAAUACUAAUACCCCUGACAGUGCUCCCACUAAACUCUUGCGAACACUUGUUUGAGCUGCGUCAUUCCAAAAGCAUUAAGUGAAACAGAACCAAUCUGCAUGGACAAAUGUAACCACAAAGACAGAAUGCAAGUCACAAAAUCACACAUGCCAUUUAUGUUAGGAAUUAUGACUUUCAGGUUAUAAAGGUAAAUAGUAAGUUGUGCAUUUUCAUUUCAGUAUACUCUUGUAGAAAGAUACAUGCAUAUAAGAGUGUAUGUUUUAAACAAAAAUAUUUUCAAACUAAAUGCCAGAAUCACAUCUAAGUAUAUCUGUGACAACAAAACCAGUUAUUGUAUGCAAUUAAGAUUUCAAGAUUUUAUUUAAAAUUAACAUUUUAUUGCAGCAGGUAAUCAAUUCUAAAAUUAAUUAAAAACAAUGUUAGAUAAUAAAGUCAUAUUUAAGGUAAUGAAGAUUAAAAUUGCUCUCUUGUCAUGAGACCUCUGUUUCUAGGUUUGUUAUUAAGAGUUGCCCUUAGUUUAGAACAAUAAACAAGUAAAAGGUGGAAUAAUUGUAAUCAACUUUUAUGCACAUUACUACAAUGUGAGGGUUUUGAAUUAUGGCAAAAAAGUGUUUAUUUUUCUUUUAUUUAAGGAAAAAGGAACAGCACAAGAGACAUACAAUUCAAUAAAAUCCCAGUUGUUAAACAGAUUAAUGCUUAUGAACUGAGAGCUGAGCUAGGUCAAUACAUUCUUAAUCAAGGAUAGAACCAGCUUGUUUCAAGUAAUGUGUUCCUUUUAAGCAUGAUAUUACUGUAUUGCCUGAAUAAGCACAUUCAUGACGCAAAAUUUUCUCUAUGAUGAAAUGUUGUCUAGAAAAGUGUUUACUAGUUUUAUUAAUUAUAACACAAAGACAAGAUCUUCCUUCAUGAUUAUUACAAUUAUGCAUGAUUUUGGUCUAUAUUCUGACAUGAGAACUGGUGUAUCAUAUUUUCAAAAAUGCUUUUUCUUUUGCUGCCCUUUACCACCCAUAUUCUAAUGUGUAACUUUUAUGAAUGCAGGCCAUAUGAAUGGUUUAGCAGAUUUAUUUCCAUAGUAGUGAUAUUCCAAUCAACAAACACCCAGUACAAAUCCACAGUGGUAUCAAAGUCAUGUAAUGUGCUAGUAGUAAAUGCUCGCACUAAUUUACAGUAUGUGGUAAAAAUAUUCAGCCCCCAACAUUUUGUUCACAUAAAUAAGUAUUACAACCAGGAAUUUUGAUCAAUUCAACUGAGAAUUUUUAUUUAGGAAUCGCAUACCCCUUUUUCACAUUAGCCCCCCAAAAAUAGGGAAAAUUGUAAAACAUGAAAAAACUAAAAAUUCAAAAACUGAAAUGUUAGCAAUUCAAAAAUGUUCAUCCCCCUUUGCUCGGUAAUUUGUUAAACCACCUCUUGCGGUUAUUACAGCCAGUAGACUUUUUGGAUAACUCUCUAUUAGGUUUACACAAUGUGAUGGAGCAAGAUUUGCUCAUUUCUCAUUGCAAAAUUACUCGAGCUGAGCCAGGUUAUUUGGAAUGUGGUGGUGGACAGUAAUCUUGAGGUCUUGCCAGAGAUGUUUGAUCAGGUUAAGAUCUGGACUCUGACUGGGCCACAUUCAAGGACAUCAACUUUCUACAAAGUACAUUUGAAGCCACUCCAUGGUUUAGUCUGCCUGUGUUUUGGGUCAUUGUCCUGCCAAUCCAGAAUUUCUGUAUUUACCACCAACAUUUAUCUUCUCAUCAAUUAUGACCAGAUUUCCAGUCCCUGCUGCUGAAAAGCAUCCCCCAUAGCAUGAAGCUGCCUCCACCAUGCUUUACAGUAGGGAUGGUGUUACCCGGCUGAUGCGCAGUAAUAGAUUUAUUAAUCAGAAAGUUACACUGUAUGUAGUCCCUUCUGACCACAACGCCUUCUUCCACAUCUUUACAGUUUAUUGUAAGUGAUGCUUUGCAGUUUUUACAGCCAAGGAUAUGCUUUUUUAAGGUAGGGCUUCUUCUUUGCCACUCUUCCAUAAAUUCCCUUUUUGUGCGGGGUUUUAGAGAAUUUGGAACCAUGAACAUCAUUUCCAGUUGCAGCCACUGACUUCUGCAGCUCCUUCGGUUGCUUGGCAUCACAGUAGCCUCUCUUACAAGUGCCAUUCUUCUCUGGCGAUUAAAUUUAGAGGCGUGGCCUAGCCCAGGCAGUGUGGCUGUGGUUUCAUAUUUUUCAUCUUUUUCAUGAGUAGUAUAGUAAUUACACAGGGGAUGCAUAAUUUUUCAGCCUCACAAUUUUGGUUUAUAAAUUUUAAUAACUUGUUAACAGGUUUUGGAAAUUUCCUGUUGAUUUGACAUGAUGUAGAAUGUUUUGUAGAUUAGCUCAAAUUAUUAUACCUCAUUAUAUUUUAAACUUAGAAAAUGAGACAGUAAAAUAUGAAAAUAGUUGUGGGGCUAAAUACUUUUACAAGGCACUGUAAGAUGCAGGAACAGAAAUGGACUUGGAACCAAAUAUAGCUUCCUUAUAAAAUUGUAACAAUGUCACGUGAACACAUCCAAAAGUAAAAUUUAAGGGCUAUACUUUAACCUUGGAUUUUGAUAUCAAAAUGUUUUGUGUUAUAUGUAUGUUGAUUUGUUUAAAAAAUACAAUGAAAUUCUGGUUUAAUGAAGUAACACCUUUUCUAAAUACCUGUGCAGAGCUAUAGCUGAAACAGGCACUUUUUUAGCUUCCCAUUAGUUGAACCACUUUUUAAAAUAUGUAGUAAGUACAGAAUGUCUAUAGACCAUUGAAAAAAAUGGUUGUAGCGUGUGCAACACUUGGCUAUCCAGAAAUUUGAGAUUAAUUUCAUGUGAGUGGCAGAGUAAUUAAUUUAUUUUGCUCCUUUUAAUAUUAAAAUGUUUGCACUGUAGGUGGGUUACCUGAAUAGGAUUAUGUUUCUUUAAAUAUCUUAACUCAGUGGCUGCUGAGGUAAGUGAGGACGCUUUGUUAAGCCUGAACAACACCUUGCCUAGAUGGUGAUUACGUUGAUGAAAUCCUAAUUGGCAUCAGCAUGUCAUUCUACUCACUGGGUCAUGGAAGGCCAGUUUUACUGUUAAUCGCUUUAGACAUUCAUAUCUGGGUCAUGUUAUGAAAACAUGAACCUGCAUUCAAAACUUCUAACUGUAGAGUUAGAGCUAGAUUAACUCAGAUGUACUGUUCAGUUCAUAUUCAAGCAAGAUUUAGUUCCAUGAGUAUGAUCUAAUGUGUUUACGAACACUACUGACAGGAGAUUUCCCUGUUUCCUUGUUUGAUGUAAAGUUCUCCUAUUGUAGUUUUAGUUUUUAAGAUUAAAUACAAUUGAAACAUUUGGCCAUAACUGAUACUGUAUUUUAAUACUGUAUAGAGUCAGAAAUAGUCAUUUUUUUCCCUAUUGGGUACUAGUUCUGAAAGUGCUUUCUUUUAUGUAAGAUUGUUUUUCCUAUUUUAGCAUUCAAAUAUCUGAAUACUUCACAAAGCUCCAACUGUAAAGUAGUUGCGCCCAUAAAUUGAAUGUUAAUAUGAAAAUUUGUUAUGUAUAAAUGCAUUCAGUUAAUCAGACCAAUUUAACUUUCUCCCUCUUUAACCAUUAGCUGUUUGCUUGGGAAAUAAUUUGUAUUUAGUAAUGUUUGGAGUGGCUAAAAACAAGCUGAGAUCAUUUCAUGGACACAUGUUCAAGACAAUGGAUUAGUUUUUAUUAAAAACUAAGCUUUCAGUCUCUAGAAGGAGUUAAAACCUGAACAAAUAAUUGUAACUCUAAGUGAGAAAUAUAUAUUUCAGGUUGUACUGUUGGUUAUGCUGUUAUGCAGGUUAUGCUGUUGUAUAAUUUUUAAUAUUUUUAAGAGCUGAAAACAGUACAAAUGGUUUAAAAAUGUAAAAUCCUGAUAUGUUAUUUAAAUGUAGCAUGUUAUUUUUUCUACAUUGUUUAUUGAAAUGCUUGAUAUUGAAAAUUUAUUAUAAUACUGCAAAACUCCAUUUUCUGUUCAUUGAAAUCAGUCAAAUGACAGUGCUGUUCAAUGAAAUAAAUUGAAUGAUUUCCAGCAGAAAUUACUAGUUGCAUUUAAACAAAAAUAAUCAAUGUUGAUUAGUUAAUUGUAAAAUACAUAACUGGUAAACAUUGGAAUUGAAUUACUUCACAAAACCAUUGUUAUAUAACUAUCCAUCUCAACACCUUUUUUUAAACAUUUGUGCAAAUCAUUUGUCAGUUGUUAUCAUAAUUGUACUCAGCAAAAACAGACAUGGUGAACCCAGUCUUUCAAAUGCAGAGUCUUUCUUAGCUAUGGUUGAGAUUUCAGCUCAUCAUACACAUUGGUUUUGAGGUUUAAUUUUAUUGAAGGACUCAGUCUCUGAUGUGAAGAAUAUAUUCAAGAGAAGUUUGGAUGUAAUUCUUGCCACAGAGUGUUCAACAGUCAGCAGGACUGAGAGUACAGACAGAGAUACAGGACAAAUCAAAUAGAGUAAUAGAAUUAAAUAUACUGUGGUGUUUCUUUAUUUGGGUUGAUCUGUAACUGGGCCAGUAGCCAGUUUUCCGUAAAAUAACUGAUGAUCAUAGUGAGAAAAAAAAUUGUAUCUGUUACUCUGUAGCUUAUUAAGUUACUGAUAACCAUCUGAUUAGGAAGUUGCUAGUAAGUUACUAUCUUACCAAAAAAACUUAAAUUGGUUUGCCCACAUUGAAGGAACAGCGAAGUGCAGAGAGAAAUCCAGAGUUCUAAAAUGCAUUGACGGCAUCUACCACCAUUUAGUCAAAGAACAGCAUUAAGAGCAGUCAUGGAGAUAUCUUACAAGCACAUGAAUGAUGUAUGAUGGAAAGCUUACCAGUUAUACUAGAAUGAUGGAAUGUUAUAUUUUAUACAUUUAUUGAAAUAGUAUGUACAUACCCCAAAUGCUGGACUCAUGAUAGUAAUAAAAUGAAUUUGUUCAAUGUUGUAUCAUCCAUUUUAAUUAUAAUUUGUUGUGUUGAGAUUUCCUGUAAUAAAUUUUGUACUGGAAACUUUUUUUCCUUAAAAAAACCCUGUGUUUAAGUGCCCAGGAAUUGUAUCUAGGAGUGUAAAAUGAUUGUGUUUAGGUGAUACCACAUGAGUCAAUAAGUCAUACCUAAGUUUUCUGAGCCAGAGUUAUAAAAUGAUGUUUGCAUUCCCGUGAAGGGACAAAUAUUGUAGCAAUAAUAAAAACCCUAUAAAUAUUACUUAUAUAAAACAAAUCUAAGAAUGCUAUCUUUAUUUUAUCUGAUGUUUAUUUUACAUUGACAUCUUACUGUGAGCUUAAGCCAACUCACAAAACAAACACAAGAGUUGUAAGUGGACUCUUCCCAGAGGUUUCUGGAUAACUUUAACAAAGGAGUCUGAAUUAAGUUGUAACAAAAUCUAAUUUAAAACAAAGAGUUAGCUCAAAUAACUUGGAUAAAUGUUACAUUAUGUGUGUGAAAUGUAUAAAUAAAUUUGCUGGCAGCUUUAAGUUAAUUUUUUUGAUACUAUUUAUGCUUGUUCCAGGCUUAUGCUUUACAGGGAUGUUCUAAAUUUGCAACUCAGGAAAAGAUUGUUACUCCAUGGGAUAUUAUUACUUUGUGGAAUAUAGUGUUUCAUUAUAUUCCGCAUGUAUGCGGAAGGUGAUUAAGUUCUAAGUAAGCUAUUGAUGUAGUACAAUUGGUGAAUGGAAUUGCCUGCAACUUUGCUGCUGAAACCUAAGGGUAAAUUCAAAUGCUGACUUGCUACACAUGACAGUAAAUAGGAUUUCUUAUUGAUAAGUAGUACUUUAACACUUUGAGUUACUUUCUCAAAGUGAAGGAUAAUUUAGCUUAUAGACAACUCAUUUUGCAACCUAUAUUUCAAGUACACAGAGUCCACCGAGCAAAGAAAUUAAGAGUACCCCAAAUGACAAACGGGUUCAUGAACAUCUAAGUUUGACUUUGUGCAUUGACUUUGCCUUUUGUGUUGUAUUGUCAAAUUGUGAAUUGAUUGAAGAAUUUCACUGUUAAAAGUUUCAGUCCACCUAUAUGUGUAAACUUGAAGAUAGGCAGUAUUAUAAUGCCAAGAAAUGGAAAGUUUAUAUGACAUUGUACACUUCUGUAUGCAAAUGUUUUGCAACUGUUGUGGAAAUAAAAUGGAAUA